AUGGUGAGAGAUGGCGAAGAGAUCUACUUCGGCAUGCGGCGCAGCUUGUACUUUUUCCUGGACGAUGUGCCAGUGAUGACCGCCAACAAGCUGGGUGGCCUGACCUCGGAGGUGGUACAUGCCCUGGCAGACCUGGCAUUUGCUGACUCUGAGCAGGCCGCGGCGCAGGCGCUGGCCAAGCUGGACGCGCCGGACCCCUUGGAGUCAGACCCGCAGCAAGCUCUCAAGCAGUUCGGCAGGUACGCCUUUGUGUCGAUUGGCCCUCGUGCUCGGCAGGCAUGGCGGCAGAGCUCGGCCAAGUCGGCAGCGCCGGCAAACCACUGUGUAGGUUGCUGCUGGUGGUGCACACCGUUCGCCGUCAGAGGGGCGUGCGAGCAUCUGUACCUGGCGCUCCAUGUGGCAAAGAUACAGUGCUUUGAUGUGCUUUUUCCAGUGCGGCACCGGAAAAAGGGAAGAUCGCAGGCAGUUCGGGCACGCGGUGCGGUGGAAGACAAGGACCAGGAGGCGGGCGCAAGCCCCAGCAGUGCGGCCCUGAACAUGGGCGCUUCUGUAGCAGUCCUCGAAGAUGCCUCGGGAGGUCAGGCAGACGCUGGCUCAAGUUCGCGAGACCGUCAGAUCGAAGAGAGAGAGAUAUAUAGCUCGAUCCAUUAA